CGAGUACAAAAUUCUAUCGCGGAAAAAGAAAUUACAAAUAGUUUCGAAGUUAACGAAUUUCUAUGAUUAAACUUUUUAGGGGAAAUUUUAUGAAACUAAUUGACAUAUAAAAUAUUAAAGCAGUUAGAGAAACUAUAUAGAACAUAGUUUCGAUAACAUUUAGGAAAACUAUGUCAUUAAAAAUUUUUCCUUAUUAGUUAACUUUUUAGCAUAUAAAAUUUUCAUGGGAAAAUUUAGAAGGUAACUACCUUUAUUUACCAAUAUCAUAUAAAAGAAGAUAGAAAGAAGAAAAGAAAUGAAAAACAUCGGAAAAGCUGUUAGUAGCCUACAAAAAAGUAAAGAAAAUAAAAGCAAUGUUUAUAAACUAUCUUUCAGCAACAUUAGUUGUAAUACUGAUUGAGGCUAAAUAUGUAAUGCUGGACCAAAGUAAAGGUAUGCUUUUUACAAAUCCACUGAAUUCCAAAAUUAUUCCGAAAUGCGAAAAAAAAUCGUGCAUGGAAGCUGUAAAGAAAUUUCAUAGUUUAACAGAUAACCUAAUUAUGGAUAGGUAUCACCUGGUGCUUGUUCAUCGUCUAAAAUGUUUACUGGUAUUACGGUUAACCAAACACGAUUCGACCUCAAAUGAUUCUGCUUGCUCUUAUCAUACUACGGAAGGUUUCAUUAAAAGUCCAGAUGUAAAAUCGCUAACUUCGGAUUUUUCGGCCCUUCGACUGUUUGAAAGCCUAUUAGAUAAGAUUCUUGGAGAAUUAUACAUUGUGAUGAAACAUGAGGCAAGCACUGACUCUGGUCAAAACUUUAUGGCUACGAUGUUACAAAUAUGCAACAAUGUGAAAUCGCUUUACAUGCAAGUUAAAAGUAUUGUAGAGAUAUUUUCUGAAUGCAAUUGCGAAGUAUUUGAAAACUCUCAGGAACCGUAUAUUCAAAGCUACGACGUCUUGAAAAAAAAAUACGAUCACACUAAAAGUAUGCUGAUUAUUCUUAAACAGUUCGGGAUUUUAAAAAAAGUUUUUAAGGAGGAUUUUUGGGAAAGAAAAAAAAAGUAUGUUUUAUGCGACACUUAAGUUUCUCAACUUUAAUUAAAUGACAUUAUUUGGUACUGUCCCAAUUGAAACAAAGCAAUAUGACGUUUUUUUGUGUCGGAUGUCGAUUGUGAUAUAGUAUUUAAAUAAAACUUGUGUCAAGUUACUUAGACAUUUCUGUGAUGAAUUCAACUUGUAUAUAAUUUGUAUCACGAGCAUAGAAUUUAUUUGUAAAAAUUGCUAUAAAUACCAUACUAAGUAAAUUAUUAUUUUUUUAUAUUAUUUAUAUCCAUAAAUCACUAUUUAUGUAUUUAAUU